GAGUUGUCUUUCAUAACCGGUGUAUUUCACCCGCUAGAAAUUUACUUGGAUUGUUUUGGUAUUUUUAAAACAAUUUAUAUAAUUAUAAUAAGAACAACAUCAUCCUAAAUACAACAUGAAGGGUCGAUUUAGCACCAUUGAUGUGAAUGUUGUUGUUAAAGACCUUCAAAAACUAUUGUCUUUGAGAGUUAUUAAUGUUUAUGAUGUUGACCACAAAACAUAUUUAAUUAAGUUAUCAUUACCUGACAACAAAGCAGUUUUGGUUAUUGAAUCUGGCAUCAGAAUUCACAGCACUGAAUUUGAAUGGCCCAAACAUGUGGCUCCCUCUGGAUUUGCUAUGAAGCUUCGGAAACAUCUCCGGGGUCGUCGUUUGGAGGCUGUGCAUCAGCUUGGCGUCGACCGAGUUGUUGAUUUACAGUUUGGUUCAUCAGAAGCAGCUUAUCAUGUAAUAUUAGAGAUGUAUGAUCGUGGAAAUAUUGUUUUAACAGAUUAUAAUUAUGUUAUCUUAAAUAUUUUGCGCCCUCGGUCCAAUGAGAGUGAAGAUGUAAAGCUUGUCGUUCGGGAGAGAUACCCAGUUAGCAGUGCCAAGCAAUAUGAACCUGUUGAACGUGAAAAAAUUUACUCGAUUCUUAAGGAAUCCAAAAAUGGGAACCCACUCAAACGGACUCUACUUCCUGCAACUGAUUUUGGUCCUGCUCUUAUAGAGCAUUGUCUUUUAAGUGCAGGAUUUAGUGAUGCUGUCAAAAUUAAUGAUGGCUUCCACAUAGAUACAGAUUUUGACAAAUUGAUGAAUGCUUUAGAAAAAGCUGCUGAACUGUUUCAAAAUCUCUCAACACAGAAGACUAAGGGAUAUAUAAUACAGAAGCGAGACAUGAGACCUGCGACUAAAGGAGAGGAGACAAAAGAGCUUUUAACAUAUGAUGAAUUCCAUCCAUAUCUUUUCUGUCAGUAUGAAAAACGGCCUUAUUUAGAAAUGGACAGUUUUGAUAAGGCUGUUGAUGAAUUUUUUUCUAAAUUAGAAACCCAAAAGUUAGAUAUGAAGAUAUUACAGCAGGAAAAAAUUGCAGUGAAAAAAUUGGAAAAUGUGAAAAAGGAUCACGAAAAAAGGAUGCAAGAAUUACAAAAAGUCCAGGAGUUGGAUACUUUAAAAGGUCAGUUUAUUGAAUACAAUCUAACAUUGGUUGAUCAAGCCAUAAGAGUUGUUCGGAGUGCUUUAGCCAAUCAAAUCAAUUGGACAGAAAUUUCUGAAUUACUGAAACAGGCUCAACUGCAACAAGAUCCAGUUGCUUGCUCCAUUAAAUCCCUAAAAUUAGAAACUAAUCACAUCACCAUGCAUCUCAAUGAUCCUUAUAUUGAUAGUGAUGAAGAAGAAGACGAACAACCAAAGUCUCUGAUGAUUGACAUUGAUCUUGGUCUCAGUGCUUAUGCCAAUUCUAAAAAGUAUUUUGAUAAUAAGAGGCAAGCUGCCAAAAAGGAACAGAAAACCAUUCAUGCUUCUGCUAAAGCUUUGAAAUCUGCUGAGAGGAAGACAAAGGAAACAUUAAAAGAUGUUGCUACAGCAGCUACAAUUAACAAAGCACGUAAAACACAUUGGUUUGAAAAGUUCCUUUGGUUUAUCAGUUCUGAGAAUUAUGUUGUUGUUGGAGGUAGAGAUCAGCAACAGAAUGAGAUUUUAGUGAAGAAAUAUUUAAGGCCAGGAGAUCUCUAUGUCCAUGCAGACCUUCAUGGUGCUAGCAGUGUUGUUAUCAAGAAUCACACAGUGAAACCUGUUCCCCCGAAAACACUAAAUGAAGCUGGAAGCAUGGCUAUCUGUAAUAGUGCUGCUUGGGAUGCCAAAGUUAUCACAAGUGCUUGGUGGGUGUACCAUGACCAAGUUUCAAAGACUGCACCUACUGGAGAAUACCUUACAACGGGUAGUUUUAUGAUCAGAGGAAAAAAGAACUAUCUCCCACCAUCAUAUCUUGUCUAUGGGUUUGGUUUGCUCUUCAAACUAGAGGAAGGUAGUGUGUUUCGUCAUGCAGGAGAACGAAAGGUGCGAGAAGUUGAAGAGGAGGAUGUGAUUGAAAUGACUGAAUUAGAUGCUGACAAAAUAGCUUCAAUGGAUGACUCUUCACAGAGUGAAGGCAGUGAAGAUGAAACUAAUGCUGAUCAAGAGCAAGUCAAAGUUCAGAAGAAAAGUAGUGAUGAUGUUGAUGCAGAAUCUAUUUCAAUGUCUAAAAUUAAUAAGGACAAUGAAAGCAAAUCUGUUCAUUGGAGUAAAGAGACUGAAGAAGCAUUCUUUCCAGAUACAACCAUUAGUUUGAAGUACAGUGGAGAAAAGCUUACUGUGAAUAAAGUUCAUUUGGAUGCUGAUGCCUCUAGUGAUGUGAUGAAAGUUCUUUCUCAAGUUCAAGAAGAGAAGAAAGUUAAGGAUGCAGUAAAAGGUGGUCGGAUGUCAGCAAAGGCGAGGAGAGAUUUACGCAAAAGUAAAAGGCAAGGUCACAACUCAGCUGAAAUGAUUGACCAGGAGAAAACUGAAGUCACAUCUUCAACACAACUGAAAGAAGACCUUUGUGAGACCAACAGUGAAAAUCUACCAUUAAGCACUGUUUCAUCUGUGAAGCAAGAACCUUUAAAAAGAGGCAAAAGAAACAAGUUGAAGAAGAUAAAAGAGAAAUACAAAGACCAGGAUGAGGAAGAACGUCUCCUCUGUAUGGAAUUGCUUGCUUCUUCUGGUCCAGCUAAAGAAAGCAAGAAGAAGAAAAAACAGAAAGAUAGUGCUCCAAAAACACAACAGAAAUUGAGGGGUCAUAUUCCUGAGAAGUUGAAGAUGUCCACUGAAAACCCUGUCAUUAGGCAGACAGCUGAAUUAUCAGAGACCACAAAUGAGACAAAAACAGAUGAGAUGAAAACAGUAAAGGAAAAAUUACCAAAUGAUAACCAAGAUGAAGAAUCUGAUGAAGACAAAAUGGAUGAAGAGGAUCUGACUCAACAAGCAACAGAUGCUCAAGUGUUAGACUCACUCACUGGAUGCCCAGUUGCAGAGGAUGAAUUAUUAUAUUCAAUAUGUGUAGUGGCCCCAUACAACACCCUCCUUAACUACAAGUAUAAAGUGAAGUUGUUACCAGGAUCUACUAAAAGAGGCAAAGCUUCUAAAACUGCCCUUGCCAUGUUUUCCCAAGACAAAACUGCCUCAAGUCGAGAAAAAGAUUUGAUAAAAAUAUUAAAGGACUGUGAUAUUUCUAGAAAUAUUCCUGGAAAAGUAAAAUUAGCAGCUCCAAAUUUACAAAAACAGAAGAAACAGAAAUAAUAGUUCCAUUCUGAAGACAUUUUGUAUGGCAUUUAUGGGACAUACAAGAGAUGGAUAGAUAUUAAAAAAAAAAGAAGAAAACAGCAAAGACCUGUUUACGAUUCCAAUAAAGGUGCUAUUGUUGUGUUGUAAAAACAAAUUCAAUAAACUGUUGAUAAUUUUAUUUUCUUCAACAUUUGUUAAUUAAAAAUACCUCCUACAUCAUUUAA